AUGGAUCAAACAACUAAUUUUAUUCAACCAAAUGCAAGUACUUCUGAGCAACAUGAAAACAUUCAGAAGAUAAAACGCAAGAAGUCGAAAUGGCGUAAAUUUCCAUAUGUCUCAUUUCAGAGGUAUGUAAGACAAGUUAAGAAAACUUUAAUUCCUGAAUCCCAGCUUAAUCUCAUGGUAUUGAAAGAAAUCGACGACAUUCUGGCUCACUUUUUGGACAGAAUUGAAACAGAGCUCCAGAGACUGACUCGUUCAAGCAACAACAAAACCAUCACUACCAGACAGUUGGAAUUCGCUGUGCGUUUAUGUUUGCCGGAGCACAUUGGACGCUUGGCAUCUAAUUACGGAAACAGUGCCAUUGCGGUUUUUAAAUAA